UGUUAUUUGCUUUAUCAAAUUUUGAUUUUUACACUGUAUCUUCACGGACAUAAAGCUUUUCGAAACCAAAAUAGUAGAACAAUUGCUGUGUAAAAACUCAUGCUCAGUUCUUUCAGUAGUAACAAUAAGAUGAUGCCUUGACCACUGAAUUAGAGAGAGGCUCAUUGGCAAAUAAGCUCAGUUGCAUUUAUUUCACAAAAUAAUACUUACCUUUUGGUGGUCAGUUUAUUAACUGCAUCAUGGUACUUGUGCUGUAAAUGUGUUGGCCUUCCCCAGUUUACUGCACAUUUAGUGUGCUGUUUAAACCUUUUUAUUGCAUCCGUACAUCUUCCCAAUAUAUUGCAACUUAACAACCUUAUUCAUUCCAUUUCUGACAUGAAUUAAUUCCCACAAUAUUUUGAUUCAACUGGGUAGAAACUAUAAAAAAAAAAAGAAGAAUAGAUUGAAUUGAAUUGAUUUGAUCUUUAUUGUUUUUGUGGCAGGGGAAGUGAAUGUAGUAAAAUCUCAGGCCUAUGGAGUGGUCUUUAAAUGACACCAUGAGAGUAGGCUGAUGGAAGCAAUGACAAAGGUAUUGCAUGCACCGGGUGCGCCUGGGUGAGAAGAUCGGGCAAUGCAAAAGCUGCAACUCACUGAUCAACAAGGAAUGAAGUACGAAAUGAAUGGAGGGCAGAUUACUGGGUGGUGCAAUGAAUGAUUUGUGCAACUGGCGCAGGCGAUAAUUUGUCGGAAGCAACCAACCAAGUUGGCCAAUUUACUGCUUUGCUUUUAAGAUGAGGAGUUUUCAAUUGAGGUUUAUGGAGUAGUAAAGGAGGAAGCUCUUGUUUCAUUCAAUGAUCUUGUACUCACUCGGAGGCAGCAGCUUCUCUUGGGAAGACAUUAAUCUAUUGCAUCAGACCUUGUAUUCCCCUCAGAUUUUUUCCUUUUCGCUCGGAACCUCUUGAAAUGACUGGACUAGAAUCUGGUGGUUCAGAAUUACAUCAUGGCCGUCCAAACAAAUCAAUCACUUCAACACAAGAAAACCUCAUAUAACAUCCAACAAUGUUAAUUUGAGUCUUUAACCUCUACCUUGGAUGUCACAAGAGGGUUUGAACUUGUUGGAAAUAUGCCAAGGAUCGGAUCGGACCGGGUGGGCCAACCGCGUGUGGCUACAUUGUGCCAUUUGCCACCAUAGCCAUUCAUUGACAACAUGCCCUCAGCAUGUUAAAAGGAUUCGUACCAAAGCGGAGGAUAGAUAGAGGAUGAUCACCGAAUUCCUUCGACCGAAGAGAGAGUUCGGUUUCGGAGAAGCGGAGGAACUGGGGAAGGUGAAGGCGGCGUCGAGGGUGAUGGAGCAACCGGAGCUGUCGCUGGGGCCUUCGGUAUCCACCUUCGCCAAGAGCACGUAUAGCUCGUCGUCGGACUCCGACGCCAACUCGCGGAAGAAGAGGAAGCACGCCUGGGACGAGCACCCCGCCGCGCAAACUAGCGUGGAGCUUCAGCUCAAUGAUCCCUUGCCUUUGGAUUGGGAGCAAUGCCUCGACCUCCAAUCCGGGAGGAUGUACUACUUAAACAGGAAAACCUUGAAGAAGAGUUGGAUCAGGCCUAAGGAGCAAGCCCUAAAUCUGGAGCUCAACAUCGCAACACUCGCGAGCUCCGACGCGAAUGCGAGCUCAGGCUCGGUGGCCCUCGACGAGCCAAGGAAGCACGCGAGUUCGGGAGGGAACAUGGUUGCCGUGGUGUGCGCGAAUUGCCACCUCCUCGUCAUGCUGUGCAAGUCCUCCCCGUCGUGCCCGAACUGCAAGUACGUGCACUCGCUGCAGCCGCCUCCACGCCAUACGGACGCGGUGAAGCCCGUCGAAACUCUCAGCCUCCUCCAUUAGCGCGAAGCGAGCUAAUUGUAUAAAAAGAAAAGAAAAACCUAGUAGUCACUGAAUGUUUUAGAGACCCUGGAAGCAUGACCAGGUGCAAGGGUAAACAUAAGUAUGUUAAUCGUUCUUCGACGACGACGACGACGACGACAAUGAAGCUAGGUGGACAUGUGAGUAUACUAUAAAGUUCCAAUGCUGAGGACUUUUACAAGGUUUCAAUGAGAGAACAGAGAGAGAAAGAGAUAGUAUCAGCAAUGAAAAGAGUCCUUUGUUUCAUUUAAAGAAGAGGUGAAGUUUCCUGCACCAUAAAA